GGCGCCGUCAUUGUAUGUCAGUUGCUUCAAGGAGUUUGAAAGAACAGUACCGUCCAGUCAGGAGGAAAAUAGAAUACAUUAUCACUCUGAGUUGUUUACAUCUGAUGAAGACUAAUAUGACGAUCGGAACGCUUCUGGUAGUCCUUUGCUGUUUCCAUGUUGCUUCAGGAGUGACCCACUCUCUGCAGUAUUUCUAUACUAGCACGUCUGGCAUCCAAAACUUCCCAGAGUUUAUAACUGUUGGUCUUGUGGAUGGACAACCGAUUUCCCACUAUGACAGCAUCACAAAGAAAGAAGUCCCAAAAGCAGAGUGGAUGGCUGCAUCAGUAGACUCUGAUUACUGGAAACGCGAAACCGAAAUCUCUGGUGCUACUGAGGCAACAUUUAAAGCCGACAUAGAUAUUGUCAAAUCCCGCUUCAACCAGACUGAAGGUGUGCACACGUGGCAGUGGAUGUAUGGCUGUCAGUGGGAUGAUGAGAGUGGAGAUGUCGAUGGAUAUAAUCAGUUUGGUUAUGAUGGAGAAGACUUUGUCACACUGGAUCUGAAGAACCUGAGAUACAUCGCAGCUAAUCAACAGGCUGUCAUCACAAAACACAAGUGGGACAAAGACAAGGGUUUACUUGAGAUGUACAAGCAGUACUUCACUCAUACCUGCAUUGACUGGGUGAAGAAGUAUUUGCAGUAUGGGAACAGCACUCUGGGGAGGACAGUCUCCCCUAAGGUCACCCUCCUCCAAAAGGACUUGAGAGUGGUGUGCCAUGCCACUGGUUUCUAUCCUGACGGAGUGAUGAUCACGUGGAAUAGGGAUGGAGUGGACAUGCAUGAGGACGUGGAUAUGGGGGAGACGCUGCCCAACGAGGAUGGAACCUUCCAGAAGAGAGCCGAGCUUAAAGUGUCACCUGAGGAGAGGAAGAAGGGACAGUUCACCUGUGAGGUGGCCCACAAGAGCGGAGAGCCCAUUGUUAAGAUCUUGAUUGUGGAAGAGGGUAAGAAUCAACACCUUAAACACCACUAUGGAGAUGGACUAUUGCCUUGAUACAUGUUAU